AUGAACAAAAUCUCCCCCCAGGUAAAAGCUGCCUGGGCCUGAACUGACUCUUGACCAAGGGGGCCAUCCUGGAGAUGGCAAGGGCUUGGGGGAGGGGACCCUAGGACCCACGGCCACAUCCGUCUGCCCUGGGGACUCGCUCCAAGUGAGAGCCAUGAGUACUGAGAAGUAGCACAGGACACCUAGGGGUGUUAGGGCACUGUCACUGGGAGGACCUGCCUGAGUCAGUUUGGAGGACAAAGGAGGAGUGGGUCCUGGGUGGAAGCCGCCCUACUGUACGGGUCAAAGUGUGGAAAUGUGAAACCCAGGAUGAGCCUGGGCUGUGAGAGACCAGAAGUUUGCCCAGCCUGCUUCUGGUUUCUUGGGCAGGCAGAUGCCGAGAGCAACAUCGCCACUGGAAGGAAAGCCCGCCCUGGAGAUGAAGGCUGUGGCCCGCUCUGCUGCUCACGCCGUGGGGCCUGCCUCUCGGUCGGCCUGCUGCUUCUGCUGGCCAUGCUCGCUGCCUUGCUCACUGUGGCCACCGUCCUGGGACAUCCACCCCGCACGCCAGAGACUCACUCCUGCGUGACACUGGCCAACAGGACGGGGUUCUUGUGCCACGACCAAAGGCACUGCAUCCCAGCCCAUGCCGUGUGCGAUGGCAUCCGCACCUGUCCUCAUGGUGAGGACGAGGCUGAGAGCCUGUGCCGAGAUGUGCCCCAGAGCCUCCCCAGCUUCCUCCUGACCACCUGUGGAGACCCAGACUCCUGGAUCUACUCAGACCAGAAAUGUGAUGGUGUCAACAACUGUGGAGACUGCUCGGAUGAGCUGAGCCCAGUGACUGCGUGCCCGCCCUGUGGCCCUGGGUGGUGGCGCUGCACGCCAACUGUGUUCAAGUACUGCAGCUGUGUCCCGAGGGAUCUGUGCCGGGAUGGCGUGCAGCACUGCUCUGAUUGGUCAGAUGAGUACUCCUGUCCUGGACCCUGA